AAGAUAAUGCGGAAGAGGCUGUCAAACACGACGAAGCAAGCGUGUGCGUAGGUGAAAGUGUGAUAAGUAGAAAGUUCCAGAAAAAUAUACGACUAAGCAAGAACGCAUCUAAGUCUACUGGGGACACAUAUUCGACGUUGAAAAUGUCUGCGAUUGGAGAGGAAAAUGUGCGAGGUGGGAGCGUUUUUAAAGAUAUUGGCGCUGAAGACGGCGACUGGGAGCCUACUGAAAUCGAGAGCCUGUGUAUGAACUGCUUUAAGAAUGGUAUGACACGGUUACUCAUGACCAAAAUACCCUUCUUUAAAGAAAUCAUCGUCAGUUCUUUCAGAUGUGACAACUGCGCCUGGUCAAACACCGAAGUCCAGUCUGCAGGCCGGAUUCAGGAUCAAGGCAUUUGUUACACUCUGAAAGUCAAAACAAAAGAGGACUUGAACCGGGAGGUUGUGAAAUCAGACAGUGCGACGACCAGGAUCCCUGAACUGGAUUUUGAAAUCCCUCCCUUCACCCAGAAAGGCGCACUUAGUACCAUUGAGGGCCUUUUAGACCGAGCAGUUGCAGGGUUGGAACAAGACCAGCGUGUCCGUCGAGAAGUUGACCCUGAGAUGGCUGAAAAGAUACAUGAAUUCAUCCAGAAGUUGAGGAAGUUAAAAGAGGUUGAAGACGAAUUCACACUAGUGAUUGAGGAUCCAUCUGGCAACAGUUUUGUGGAAAAUCCUGCCGCCCCUCAGAAAGAUGAGGCUCUCACUGUGUCCCGGUUCACGCGGACGAUCCAGCAGGAUAUGCUGCUGGGAUUAAGGGCUGACGAUGAUUUGGAAGAGGACUUGGACAAGGAACCAGCUAGCAACAACCUGGAGGCCAUGAGAGAUGAGGUUUUGGUCUUCAACACCAACUGCCCAGAAUGCAACGCGCCGGCCUCAACCAAUAUGAAGCUUGUCCAGAUCCCUCACUUCAAGGAGGUCAUCAUAAUGGCGACUAACUGUGACAGCUGUGGCCAUCGGACCAAUGAGGUGAAAUCAGGUGGAGCCACAGAGGAGCUGGGCACCAAAAUCUCCCUUCACAUCACCGACAUAUCAGACAUGACCCGAGACGUGCUCAAGUCAGAGACGUGUGGCAUCAUCAUUCCAGAGCUGGAGUUUGAGCUGGGGAUGGCAGCUGUGGGUGGAAAGUUCACCACUCUGGAGGGGCUGCUGAAGGACAUCAAAGAUCUGAUUGUCUCCAAAAACCCCUUCACCUGCGGUGACAGUAGCACAACAGAUCGGGUACAGAAGCUGAGUGACUUUGGGGAAAAAAUAGACAACAUUAUGGCUGGAAAAAUGAAUGUCCACUUCAUCCUGGAUGACCCGGCAGGGAACAGCUAUUUGCAGAAUGUGUACGCCCCGGAGCCAGAUCCCGAGAUGACUGUUGAGAAGUACACCCGCACGUUUGAGCAGAAUGAAGACCUAGGUCUGAAUCAGAUGAAGACUGAGGGAUAUCAAGACGAUAAAUGAACCGCUGAGAAAUGAACCGCCAGCACAAGCUGAAAGGACUCAGUCAGUUGAUAAUGUCUUGUCAAAAACCCAGUGUAAUUAUAUCGCUCCAUAUUUUGUCCCAUUUUCAUACAUUUUAUGUUAAACACUGGGUGAAUGGUUGUUUCCAUAAGUAUAUUAAUCAGUGAGAGGAAUUAUAAGUUAUCUAAAUGUGCAUUGGAAACAAAUUAAACAUAAAAACAUGUAAGCUGCUGUUAAAGGUAAAUUCUUUAACUCCUUGGUUAUUGCAUUCUUGUGACAUCCCAGAAGAUGGCACUGUGUCAUCUCUGACUUAAAGGUUUUUUUUUCUCUGAGGACCACAUCCUGUGUGACAAAUUAAUCUUUUUACACACCUGUAAGCAUGACAUCAUCUGAAUAAAGUGUUAUCUAAAUUGACA